GUGUUAACGCCAUCUAUCGGCGUAUCAGCGCACAUAAUACGUCUGAAGUUGUAUACGAGCAAGGAGCCGGGAGGGGAGCGCGGGGCGGCCCGCGUCAACUUCACUCGAUUACCAGCAAGAAAACACGAACGAACAACGGUUGUAAAUUAAUCUGAAAAGUAAUCGAAAUACACGAAUUAUUUCUUCAAUCAGCGUUAUUCAUUCAAUUAAACGUCGAAACAUUGGUCCUACGAGUCGGACGGAGCCUUGGACUCAAGAUAUUGCACGGAAGUCGUUGCCCGGCGCGUAUCCUGAAACUGAAGCCAAAGACGAGGAACCAGGCCAAGACACAUCAAUCGGAUCAACGGUCAGGUGUUAUCCUUCCUUUUCACGUCCCAUCCUAAUCGAUUAGUGCUGAAACAGUGUUAUUUUUCAAAAUUCCAGCCGUUUGUGGUGUUCGUGACAACUGCAACGUCACAGCCUACUGUGCGCCGUAAGCGAAUAAGGUGAUCCUGCAAAAAACCGUACGUACUCUUUGCUUUCUAAUUUCUUCCCAUAAUGAGCGAUGAGGAAUAUGUUUCUGCAAAUUCUAAGCUUAGAAUUCCUAAAACAUCUUCUAGGGAGGGUAGUCGGUCAGCCUCCAAAGAACGUUCUACUUCUUUAAAAACAUCCGUUACAGACCUAAAAAGGCAAAGAGGAGUACUCAAAGCUCGAUUAACGUCAUUCGAUAAAUAUAUUUCAAAAUUACAAAAUAUCGAUUUGACAAAGCCUCAAUUAAUUGAAUUAAAAUUAAGAAUUUCUCAAUUGGAGUCUGUAUUUGAUGAAUUUAAUGCAUUACAAAGUAAAAUAGAGGAAAUCUCUGAUGAAAAUGAUCUUGUAAGUCUUAUUGAAUAUCGAGAAAGUUUUGAGGAACAGUAUUACGGGUGUAUUUCUCUUGCUAAAUCGAUUUUGGAAGACAAUAGUGAUGAUAUUGUUACGAAUAGCGGUAAUUUAUGCAAAAAAGGUCAGUCGAUGCAAAUUAAAUUACCUGAUAUUAAAUUACCCACCUUUGACGGUUCUUAUGACAACUGGCUAGAAUUCAAAAAUUCCUAUUGUACUAUGAUUCAUUGCCGUACCGAUUUAGAUGCGAUUCAAAAGUUCCAUUAUUUGCGGUCAUCGCUUAGCGGUAGUGCACUUCAGGUCAUAGGCGCAUUGGAAUUAACAGAUGCAAAUUAUGUUCAUGCGUGGGAACUAUUAGUCAAUAGAUUCCAAAACGAUCGUCUUUUGAUACACAACCAUGUAAAGUCGUUGUUUUCUUUGCCAAAUAUGAAUAGGGAAUCACCUUUACUUAUUAGAAAACUAAUUGACACUAUUUUGCGUAAUUUACGUGCCCUAGAAUCAUUAGGAGAACCCACCAAGUCAUGGGACACUCUGAUUAUGUAUUUAAUCGUAUGUAAACUCGAUUCAUCCACUGAACGUGAGUGGGAGAAUCACAAGGGCGCGUUAAUUACAAAUAGUUCUAACCGUAAGUUGAAACUGGACGAUUUGCUGACCUUUCUCAAGAACCGAGCUGAUUUAUUAGAAAUGAUAAACGUGAAUAAUAAUAAUAGCAAUUCUAAUAACAGCAACUUUAAUAAAUUCAAUAAUAGUAAUAAACAGUCUCAAAAUGUGAAAUCUCCAGCAGUGCAAGCACAUAGUUAUAGUUAUGUGGCUGCGAAAUCGGAAAACAAUAAAUCAGCUAAACGUAAUCGUGUUUGUGUAUUAUGUCGUGGGAAUCACGCGUUAUACAUAUGUAGUAUGUUUUUAAAUUUGUCUGUUGAGGAUCGACAUAAAUUAGUCAAUGAUAACAACCUUUGUCCCAAUUGUUUACGUCCAGGUCACUUGAUUAAAGACUGUUUUUUCGGCCCUUGUCAGCAAUGUAAACAAAAACAUAACAGCUUACUACAUAAAGAUUCCCUCAACUGUGUUAAUACGUCAUCACAUAAUGCAUCCAGUACGUCACAAUUAAAAUCAACUGUAUUGCAUUCAUCAUUGAAUCAAACACAAAAUACACCUCUGCCGGUGUUGACGCGACCAGUUCUAUUAUCUACAGCGCUAAUCGAAGUACUGGACGAUAAUAAUAAGCGACACACGGCACGAGCGCUCCUAGAUAACGGGAGCCAACAUUGUUUCGUUUCGGAAACAUUUUGUAAACGAAUUAAGUAUACGAAGUUUUUACAGUCCACUGUUCGAAUAUCAGGUGUGGGACAAUCGGUGUCACACUCUAAUAAAUUAUGCGAUUUGAUUAUUCACUCAAAGUUAAACGAUUUUUCUACGAGCGUUCAAUGUUUUGUUUUACCGCGUAUCACGUCAUUCUUACCGCCCGUGAGUAUCGAUGUUGAGACUAUACGAAUUCCAAACAACAUCGAGCUCGCUGAUCCUACUUAUUAUCUACCUUCGGAAGUCGAUUUAUUAAUAGGUGCGGACUUAUUUUGGGAAAUUUUAAACGAUAAUAAAAUACGAUUAAAAAGUGGUCCGUACCUUCAAGAUACGAAAUUGGGCUGGUUGAUUUCCGGACCAAUUUAUACGAAUAAAAUGCGUUGUAAACAAAACAUUCAAUGCAAUUUUACACAAACUAUCGAUUUACAAUUACGUCAAUUUUGGGAAUUGGAGGAUAGUGGCCCUCGCGAAAAUAUACUUACCUGUGAUGAACGUAAAUGCGAGGAAAUAUUUAAAAAUACGACAAAACGGGAAAUAGAUGGUAGGUUUUCAGUUCGAAUACCUCUAAAGGAGUCAGCUGAUUUGUUGGGUGACUCAUAUUCGGUUGCCUAUAAACGAUUUCUCUCUUUAGAACGGAAGUUAGAACGUAUGCCUCAAUAUAAACGUAUGUAUGCGGAUUUUAUACGAGAAUAUAGGGAUUUAGGUCACAUGACAAAAAUAAACGAGUACAGUGAUCCACACUAUUUUUUACCGCAUCACGGCGUAUUUCGCGAGAGUAGUACUACAACUAAAUUAAGGGUAGUAUUUGACGCCAGCUGCGCCACUACCUCUGAUAAAUCCUUAAACGAUUUACAGUUUAUCGGACCUAGGCUUCAAAACGAUAUUUUCUCGAUUUUAUUACGCUUUAGGCAAUAUUAUUGGGUAGCAAGCGCGGACGUCGAGAAGAUGUUUCGACAGACGCUCAUUCAUGAAGACCAGCGUAAUUUACAGCUUAUACUUUGGAGAGAAAGCUCUUCGGAUCCGAUAGACGUGUAUAGGUUAAAUACCGUGACGUAUGGCACUGCGUCAGCGCCGUACCUUAGUAUGCGAUGCCUACAACAGGUAGCACAGGAAUGCGACGAUGAAAAAAUAUCGCGCAUUAUCAAAGAGGACUUUUACGUUGAUGAUCUAAUUACAGGAUGCGAUGAUCCUGCUGAAUUGAUAAAUAUUUGCGAAAAAAUAUCACAAAUUUUAAGGCAAUAUUGUUACCCAUUACGUAAAUGGACAUUUAACUGUGACGUAACCUCGACAAACUCGUCAAAAGAGUUGGCAAUAGGCGAGCAUACACAAACAAAAACACUCGGUUUAGGAUGGCAUAAUAAAAAUGACCUACUUCAUUUUACGUCCGAGUUAGGUAAGAACUGCGAUAACACUCAAUUAACUAAACGAAAGAUGUUGUCAUAAUUUCUAAGAUCAUUUUACAAAAGCUGUGGCUAUGUAAAAUCGACUGGGAUGACCUAGUACCGAGUGACGUCACAGAAAAAUUCCAUAAAUUCAUAGAUUCGAUUCAAAAACAUUUACACGACAUUAAAAUUCCACGAUGUGUUAGGGCAGCUCACACUCAUCGUACGGAACUACAUAUUUUUUCAGACGCAUCACAAGAUGCAUACGGCGCUUGUGCAUAUAUUCGUACAAUAGAUGAGAAUUCAGUAGUCUCGCUUAAUCUACUAUGUGCAAAAAGUAAGGUUGCUCCCUUGAAAACGAUCAGUAUCCCAAAAUUAGAACUUUGUGGUGCUUUAAUUGGUGCGAGAUUGUACAAAAAGAUUGUUGAGUCACUUAGAUUAAAAUUCGAUUCUGUUUGCUUUUGGACGGACUCAACAAUCGUGAUGGGGUGGUUACGUAUGUCUCCACAUUUAUUAAAAACUUUUGUACAAAAUCGAAUAACAGAAGUAAACGAGUUGACAGGCGAUUCACUGUGGUUGCAUAUAGACGGCGAUAAAAACCCAGCCGAUCUAGUGUCAAGGGGCCUUUACAUCGAUGCACUAAAGAACAAUAACCUGUGGUGGCACGGGCCUACCUUUUUACAUUGUGCAGACUGGUCAAGGGAUACUCAAGCGAUACCUAUCCGUGAAGAUCUACCAGAGUUAAAACUUAAAAUAGUUAGUGCAGUUUGUACAAAUGCAGAUAGCUUAUUCGACUUCAAAAGGUUUUCACAGUUUAAUAGAUUGAAGCGGACUGGAGCGUACCUACUGAGGUUCAUUCACAAUACACGCAAUAAGCAGGCGCGACGCACCGGUCCCUUAUCAGUCGCCGAGUUACACGAUGCAGAAAUUGUUGUGACACGCUGCGCGCAAGCCCAGAUGUUUCCGACUGUAUACAACAACUUAUUAAACGAAAUACCACUAACAAAAUGUAAAGAAGCGAAUGGUAUUUUAAGUUUAAAUGUAUUUCUUGACGAUAAUAAAUUAAUUCGUGUGGGAGGUAGGUUAUGCGAUUCGUCCAGGUUUAAUUAUGAUAAACGGCAUCCUGCAUUGUUGUGUAGCAAACAUCAUUUUACCGGUCUUUUAUUUAAAUACUAUCAUAAACAUUUAUUACACGCUGGACCCCAGCACCUAUUGUGCACUAUACGCGAAAGUUGGUGGCCGCUUUCUGGUAGGAAUCUCGCUAGAAAAAUAGUGCAUGAAUGCGUAAGGUGUUCACGCCUGAAAGGAAAAACUUUAACUCCAAUAAUGGGUAAUUUACCUAAAGAACGUUUAGAGGCAGGUUUUCCUUUUAUGUACACUGGCGUAGAUUACGCGGGACCAGUUUUCAUAUUGAACCGCAAAGGUCGGGGGUCAAAAUUAAUAAAGGCUUACAUUUGUUUAUUCGUUUGUUUUACAACUAGAUGCAUUCAUUUAGAAUUAGUAAGUGGCUUAUCCACUAAUGAUUAUAUUUUAGCGUUAAAGAGAUUUAUUUCAAGACGCGGAAAACCCGCAGAAAUACACUCUGACAACGGAAAAAAUUUCGUUGGAGCAGAAAAAGAGUUUCCAUUAUUAAUUCAAGAUAAUAUCGAUAAAAUUAUAGAUUUUACUGCCAACGAUGGCAUAAAAUUUAAACAUAUUCCAGUAUACGCUGCUCAUUUUGGGGGACUUUGGGAGGCAGGAGUUCGAUCAUGCAAGCAUCAUCUUAGACGUAUAGUAGGCAAUGCUCACCUAACAUAUGAGGAAUUUAGCACUGUUUUAGUACUAAUUGAAGCCAUCCUGAAUUCCCGUCCUCUAUCAGCUAUGUCUACAGAUCCUUCCGACCUCUUACCCUUAACUCCUGCCCACUUUCUCAUCGGCCGACCGUUGACCGCUCCAGCCUGCGAAGACAUCACCGAGGUGCCGAGCAGUCGCCUGGCACGCUACGACCGAGUCGAGCAACUACGGCAACAUUUCUGGAGGCGCUGGUCGACAGAAUACGUGGCGGAGCUUCAAC